GUUAUAAGGACGGCCCUACAUAAUAUGGACAGGGAAGCCAGAGAGCACUACUCUGUUGUCAUUCAAGCCAAAGAUAUGGCUGGGCAAGUUGGAGGCCUUUCAGGGUCCACUACUGUCAAUAUUACACUCUCAGAUGUCAACGACAACCCACCCAGAUUUCCACAGAAACACUAUCAGCUAUAUGUCCCUGAAUCAGCUCAAGUUGGUUCAGCUGUAGGAAAAAUCAAGGCAAAUGACGCUGAUACUGGAACAAAUGCUGACAUGAAAUACACAAUCAUCAAUGGUGAUGGCAUUGGAGUGUUCUCCAUAUCAACUGACAAAGAGACAAGAGAAGGCAUUCUUUCCUUGAAGAAGCCGCUAAACUAUGAGAAGAAGAAGUCCUAUACUCUCAACAUAGAAGGAGCAAAUACACAUCUUGAUUUCCGAUUUUCUCACUUGGGCCCAUUUAAAGAUGUCACCAUGCUGAAGAUCAUUGUGGGAGAUGUUGAUGAACCACCACUCUUUUCAAUGCCUUCCUAUGUUAUGGAUGUUCAUGAGAAUGAGAAGAUUGGAACAGUGGUUGGCACAGUGGCUGCUCAAGAUCCGGACAGUGCUAAUAGCUUAGUAAGAUAUUUCAUUGACCACAGUGCUGAGGAUGAUAGGUUUUUCAACAUUGAUGCUAACACUGGAACCAUUAAGACUGCAAAAGUCCUUGACAGAGAGGAAACACCAUGGUACAAUAUCACAGUCGCUGCUUCAGAAAAGGACAAUCCUAGCCUGCUGAGCCAUGUUGCAGUUGGCAUUCGAGUUCUAGAUGUCAAUGAUAACCCACCAGAGCUUGCCAAGGAGUAUGAUAUUGUAGUUUGUGAAAAUUCUAAGCCUGGCCAAGUUAUACAUACCAUCAGUGCCACUGAUAAAGAUGAUUUUGCAAAUGGACCAAGAUUCCACUUCUUUCUGGAUGAAGGUCUGGCUCUGAACCCCAACUUCACACUGAAGGACAAUGAGGAUAACACAGCCAGCAUUCUGACAAGGCGGAGGAGAUUUAGUCGAACUAUUCAGGAUGUGUAUUAUCUCCCCAUUAUGAUCUCUGAUGGUGGAAUCCCCUCUCUCAGCAGCAGCAGCACCCUCACCAUAAGGGUAUGUGCAUGUGAGAGAGAUGGGCGUGUGCGAACCUGCCAUGCUGAAGCCUUCCUGUCCUCUGCUGGCUUAAGUACAGGAGCCUUAAUUGCAAUUCUUCUCUGUGUCCUCAUUCUUUUGGCAAUCGUGGUUCUCUUCAUCACUCUCAGACGCAGCAAGAAAGAGCCCUUGAUCAUUUCAGAGGAGGACGUGCGGGAAAAUGUUGUCACUUAUGAUGAUGAAGGGGGUGGGGAGGAAGAUACCGAAGCCUUUGACAUCACAGCCCUGAGGAACCCAUCGGCUGCUGAGGAGCUGAAAUAUAGAAGAGAUGUUCGACCUGAAGUGAUGCUUACACCCCGACACCAGCCUUCGUCCGCUCUUGAGAGUAUAGAUGUUCAGGAAUUUAUUAAACAAAGACUGGCAGAGGCAGACCUUGACCCCAGUGUCCCUCCCUAUGACUCUCUACAGACAUAUGCAUAUGAGGGCCAUAGAUCUGAAGAUGGGUCUAUCAGCUCCCUGGAUUCAGCAACUACACACUCAGACCAGGAUUAUAAUUAUCUUGGUGACUGGGGACCAGAGUUUAAAAAGUUAGCUGAACUCUAUGGAGAAUUAGAAUCGGAAAGAACAAGUUAGGGAUGAGCACUCUUGGAAUUUGCUUCCUGGGCAACUGGAUAUAUAAGCGCAAGUAAUGGCAAUGAUAAGGGAUGGCAAUAGUGCUGGGAACUGAGCAAGCCUGCACACAGUCACUGUAGAAACAAGUGCCCUUUUCAUGUGUGAAAUUGGGUUCUUUGAUUGGAAGAAAGUCAAAAUUUGAAAAUACAGAGAAAAAAAGAAGCUAUUGUUCCUUGUGUAUAUUUUUUAAAUGCUUAAUAAAGUUCUGUGGUACCGUUUCAUUAACAAUACCCUAAUAAGCCAAACAAUGAUAUAUUAUUGCAACAUUUUUUCCCCUAAAUCUUAUUUGGAGGCAGAUGAAUGCAAACAUUCCCAAUAACUAAAGUGUAAUGUUUGUAGAGAUGGUACCUUGGAGUGUUCAUCUAAAUGGAGGUGAGCAUUGUAUUUCCAGUUUCUCUGGAAUGACUUGGGAAAGCCCAGACUGAGACUUUAGCCCGCACUCUGCUGAAAUGGCAGACCUCUUCAUUCUUGUCCCACCUGGGCUUUCAAUUAAAUUGAGUGAAAUUUUUCUGAAACACCAGGCUUGCCUGAUGUGGACCUGUAUGCCUAGUUCCUUUUUGCCCUCCCCUCUUCUUCUCUCCAUAAGAAAAUGAUGGAGCAUGGGGAUUUGCUGCCUGUACUGUUAUGUAUGCAACUUCUGAGCACCAAAUGUGCACUGUUGCUGAGGGCAGAGACUGUUGUCUCUGUUGCCUUUUUUCUUCUUUCUUUCUUUCUUUUUUUUAACUGGAGAGUUUCUCUUUUCUCCUAGGUAGAAUGAAUGAUUUAAAAGUUAUUGUAUACUCAGUGAAGCUGAAGAGGCAUGGGCAGAAGAAAAACCACAACAGAAGGAAAUAUUAACCUCUGCAACUGUUUAAGUAACUCUUUUCCUGGAUUCAGUGAUUAGUAACCAAUUCUAUGCUGCACACUGUAAUGAGAAUCAAACAUCAUAAAAAUGUUUCUAUUUCAGACUAAUAAGUUUACUGGUAAGGAAAAUAUGAUCAGUAUGAAUGAAGAAUAUUGGCUGUGGGCCUCAUGUUUGUUAGCUAGUUAGCAUUUUAUAAAAGAAAACGCUAAUUUCUGCAAUAAAAGAGGAAAAAAUUCCAAAUGGCAAAGUUGAUAUUAGUUGGACCCAACUCUAUUUGGCAGUCACUCAUAUCUUUGUUGUUUCUGUACUCUCCUCAUCCCUGUGGUGCCUUCUCUUAUUCUAAUUCCUUCCCUGUCCUUUCCCUUCCUGUUUUUUAUUUCUUUUCAUUUUCAAGUAUCAUAAGCUUACUAAAACCAAGAAGAGGAAAUAAACAUAGAAAGGAAUUCUAUCUUUAUGGAUCAUGUAAAGAUCAUUCAAAUUCAUAUAGAUGAUUAAAUUAUUAUAUCUGCAAAAUUCAUAAAGAUAGUUAAUAAGGUAAAAGUGACAAAUGGGUCUUCAUAAUAUUUAGUAAUUAGUUAUCAGAGUUUUCUGGAGUUAGAAGGGACCUGAAAGGAUGAAGACUAAAUAGCCUCUAAUUUCCCUUCCAACUAUAGGUUAGGGGUCUGGUCAAAAGAGAUAAUGACUAAUAAUACCAGUUUCUCCCCUCCUCUUGAUCUGUCUCAUGAUUUAUAUUCCAUGUAAUUUUGUUCAGACAAAUAUAAGAUAAAUUAAUUUUUUGAGGGGAGAAGAGAAGAGAUUUAAAUAAUAAUGAUAUAAAUUGUGAGAUUAAAACAACAAAGAUACAGUUUCAGUCGGAGGCUUGAUAACUUCUAAGGUCCUUUUCAGAUCCAGAAUGUUCUGAUUUUUAAUUUUGGAAGAGUAUGAAAUUUGAUUUGUCACUUGGCCAAACUACACCAUAUUUUGGAAUUUAUUGGAUCAAAUUAUGUUCUGUCCUAUAUUCUCUUGCUCCCCGUCAAGCCUUUAGAUAUGAAGAACCACCAAUCAUGACAAAGAUGCAUGACCCAUAGUAACAAUAUACAACACCAAAAAUAUUAACAGACAAUGAAUAUAUUUUCUGAUGGCUAUCCUUACAUAUUAGAAGCUCCUCAUUAGAACUAUUGAAAUAUUUUGCUAAGCCAAUAUUUUGAUUAAUUAAUUAUUCAGGCUUUGCAAAAUCACCCUGGCAAAUUCUAUACACACAGACACAAACACACAGACACACAGACACACACCCCACCACCAUUAUCACCACCCUACAAACCCCCACUCCCAACCCCAGUCCUCCCCUCCUCCCAUCUGUAAGCAAAUCUGUGGUAUGUUGGAAAAAGCCUUGGUCUUGGAGUUAAAAGACCUGGGCUCUACUCUCAACUUUGUUACUUAUGAGUCAUGUGGCCUUGGGCAAGUCACUUAAACUCUUUGAGCCUCAGUUCCCUCAUCUGCAAAAUGGGGAUAAUAAUACCUACUCUGCCUACCUCACAGGGUUGUUGUGAGGAUCAAAUAACACAUGAAAGUGCUUUGUAUAUUGUAAAGCACUAUUAAAACGUAAGGUAUUAUUAUGUUUAUAUUCUAUCAGAACAGCUGUCAACUUCUGAUUGGCCCAUGAUGCUUUGACAUACACACACACACACACACACACACUCAUGCAUAUAAAUAAGACUUUAUAUUUUUAACAUAAAAUAUAUAUUAUUCAUGGGACAACAUCAUGGAGCAAUCAGGAGUGGGGAGCUGUUGUUAACUAAAUAUAUAUAAUAGAGUAUGACAUUUCAGCCUUCUACGUAAGGUGACUUUUCUUUUGAACUCCUUGUAUUUUCUCCAGAUUGUUUCAAAGCCUUGUUGGCAUGGACUAUCAGUAUAUAAUCUUUGGAAAUGAGGAAAGCUAAGUAUUUCAGAACAGUUGGAGAAAUCCUUGUAUAUCCACCAAAUAAUCAUAAGUUAUAGAGGGAGUAUUUUUCCCCUUUGCUAUUUUUAUGGACCACAAUUAAGUACCCCAAUAAAACAACAAACAUCAAUCAGCUUUCUGAUUCUACCCUUGUAUGAACUAUUGGACUUAGCAUUUUUUUUAAACUACCCUGUGCUAUUACAUAUUAAAAUUUUGAGUUUUGGAAAGUAGGUAAGCUUAAUUUGAAUAAUUCUCUAUUUGUGUUUCAAGACUGAGGAAUAAAAUGUAAUUUAGCUUUUCGCGCUGUCUUAGCUCUCCAGGUGUUGCUUUAUCAUUAUUUGCAACAUACGGUUGUGUUUUACUGUGUAAAGCUCACUCAAACAAGAAAUACAAUGACUUUGGGGGAACAGUCUAA